UAGGCGUUGCCCAUUACAACUUAGUUGAUAGGUAAGAACUGAGAAAGGUGAGGGAUUUUGAGGUGGUGCGAGCAAUACCACUCUUGACUGGCUUAUUGAAGGAGACAGAAAUAAGCUGCAACAUUUCCUUUAAAAUGUCCUCUACACUGAGAAUGGUGCUGCUGUUCGGCAUGAUGGGUGAGUUACAUGUUCAUGUAUUAUGAAAUAAAUAAUAAUAAUGAUAUUUCAGUAAUGUGAAAGGAUUUGGUACCCAUAUCUCUUGCUCUUACAAAUGGGACUCUGGGCAAGUUUUAGAACGUUUGGGGUCUGAUAUUAAAGAAUAAUAUUCAAUCCGAAUGAAAUAAACAUAAAAGUACACAAGUACAGUAUAUUUAUUAACCCUGUCCUUUUUUUUUUAGGUUGUGGGCAUUUCAUCACAGUGACGGUUCCCCAGAAGUUUUUGAACGUGACAAAUGGUGAAAGUGCUCUUCUCCAGUGCACGUUUGUUACCACUGAGCAGAAAACCAGUGACCUCAUCAUCCAGUGGAAUUUUGUUGCCAAAGAUUCCAUGGUGCCACAGCAGGUAUGUAGACCAACGUUACUCUGUGGCUUUCUUCACUCUGUCUCAUGUUGCCACAUUGUCACACUCCCUGUGUGUCCUCAAAGUCACCUGGACCAUUCUCAACACCCAGAGUGCUCCAAAAGAUAUGUCUCUGUUCAACGACAAAAGUACUAAAUGCCUUGUUACUGUAGUUACAGAGAUUUACAAAGAUGUCUGAAUUUGAAAAUCUCUGAUCAAACUGCUUUCAGGUUUACAUGGAAAUUCAGGAGAGUUAUUGCAGUUGUACAUGCUAUUGUAUUAUAUGAGGUCUCACAACCCUCUUAGUAUUAAGGGUUCCAAAAGGGUUCUUCGGCUGUCCCCAUAGGAGAACCCUUUUUGGUUCCAGGUAGAACCCUUUUUGGUUCCAGGUAGAAUCCCCAAAGGGUUCUACAUGGAAUCCAAAGGGUUCUACCUGGAUCCAAAAAGGGUUCUUCAAAGGGUUAUCCUAUCGGGACAGCCAAAUAACCCUUUAAGGUUCUAGAUAGCCCCUUUUCUUCUAAGAGUGAAGGAUUGGUGCGUCUGUAUUUUAAUAAAAGCAGAGGCAGGUAGGCUACUAGUUCAAUAUGGUGGUUGCUCUUGAGUGCCCAUUUUGUGACACACCCUGGCAAGACAACAAAGAGCCCAGUCACCAGAGCACCAGUGGCUCCCUGCCCUCCAAACACACACUAAAAACAAAUUAUUUGAUGUAGUGCCAAAUAAGGGUUCUUUGGCUUGUAACCAUAGCGGAACCCUUUUUGGUGCUAUAUGGAACCUUUUUUAGAAGGUUCUAUAAAGAACCAUGCUCAUAAGGUUCUAAAUGGAACCUGUAUGGUAAUAUAAAUAACUAUUUCCUAAGGGUUCCACUAUGGUUACAACCCUUUUUGGGGCUAUAUAGAACCCUUUUUAUGGUUCAUUAUAGAACCUUUAUGGAGAAUGGUCCUAUAAAGAACCUUUCUCAAUCUCAAAAGUUAUUUGUAGAACCACACAGGGUUUUUUAUUCUGGUUUAAUAGCCAUAUUAUAUUGUAUAAAUGUCAUAGGUUUUAUUAUUGUGUUUAUUGACUAGUUGAAUCAGUUGUGCUAGUUCUGGAACAGCCGGGUGGUCCCUGAGGAGAGAAUUUAGAACUACUGUCUUAAUCAACCAUUCUCUAUUGACACAAGGCCAUACAUGAGUCUUUCAAAGGAUACUGACACUGGCCAUAGUCAUAUUUAAUAUGUAAUAGUGUAACACUGCAGAUUAGAUCAACUAGAAUGACACCCUCAGUCACAGUUGCACAAAAAGAGAUGUGCACAAACCACGUCCCAAAAUAUUCUAAUGAAUUCCGCCCCUACAUUUUAAUUAUCACUAAAAGAGGAAAGAACCAUUUUUGGAACUGCAAAGAACCAUUGAAGGGCUCAAAUGAUGGUCAGUAUGGUUCCACAUAGAACCAUCACCCUUCCCAAAGAACCAUUGAGGAACCGUCAUUUGUUUGUGUGCAGAAGCAGUGUUACAGUAGAGCAGAACGUCAGAAGUCUCACUAACAUGGGUUUUCUCCAUAUUUUCUGGCAAAUUGGAACCUUCUUUUGUAGAAUGAGCAAUCACUGAAAUAUCAACACGAAAUCUGUCAAUCAGUGCAUAAAUUGUUGUGUUUUUGGUAAGAAAUGGUUUUCCAGUGGUUUUAUGUAGGCUCGAAGACAUUCUUGCUGUUACUUUCUAGGUGUAUUACUCUCAGUCAGGAGAGGACGUGAUUUCCAAACCAUAUGAAGGCAGGUUGAAGCCUUCCAGCUCUCCAGCUACUACCAACAAUGCCUCAAUAACAAUAAGCAACAUGAAAGUGUCCGAUGCAGGGGCUUACACAUGUGAAGUCCGCAACUUCCCUGAUGUCAAUGGGAAGACUGAGGCCACCAUCAUUGUCAACAUUCUUGGUAAAUUCUGUUUUUACAUUUGGUCAAAUGCUUUGAAAUAAGUCAUGGUUUACUUCACCAAUGAAUAUAGGGAAGUCACAUAUAAUAAUAAAUAGUAACGUACAGUAUAUCCUUCUUCCUAUGCUAGUGUCAACACAACACACAACCAGAUCUUUGAAGUUUUUUCCCUAAUCUGAGUUUUGUGAUCAUUGAAUUACAUGCCGUCUGUGAUUCCAUUCAUUCACAGAGUUACCAGGACAACCUUGCUGGCCUCAGUAUCCACAGUAGUUUCCAUGGGAACUGGAGCAGACUAGUAUCUUCAUUGUCAGUGUCAGAAAUUAGAACAGGAACACAGGAGUACAAGACCGCCUCCCGACAUGUCUCGUACUCUUUAGGAAUAGAAUGGAGAAACACAUGACUCUAUUUUAGAUUGAAUUAAUGAUUCCCAGUUCGAUAGAGCAGAGAGGUUGUAUUGAAGCAUUAUGGUGAAGGCAAUACACUGUAUUCAGUCCUAACAUGGACAUGCUGUUGGUCUUUUAUUUUUUAUCCUGUUUAUACAUUUGAUUGUACCAAUCCACAAUGGCUGCUCAUCUUACAAAUAAUAUACUUGCGUAUGAUUGGUCAUGUCUGUUGUAUAAAUGUGUCAUUUUAGUCACCGUAAACACUGCAAGUACCAUGAUGUACAACGUCACCAUUGUCACCAUAGCAACGCAUAAGAGACACUCAGGGGGAUGACAUCAUCUUUGCUAGACUGCUCAUGUUUGAUUGAAUAUAUCACUGUAAUGACUGGUAUCAAGCACUGGCAUUCAGUGUUCUGCAUUCCAACUGUCAAACGUACCUACUACUAGACAAAAUAGCUAGCUACUGGUCCAGGGCAAGUGUUGACUUUCAUGUCUAACUUUGGACAUUUUCUCUGAUUACCAGUAGUUUGAUCAACUGGGUCCAGAUUGCAGCAUAUUACGUAAAGUUAACACAUGCUCUCUCUCUAUCACAUGGUCUGUAAGAGAGGCCCUCUGUGCCAUUCUGUGCUGUCCAUGGUGAUGUGGAGUCUGGUCACCUGGUUACCCUCACCUGCCACAGUGAGCAGGGAAGCCCCACCCCCUCCUAUACCUGGACACAACUGGACCAGGACAAGACCAAGAAACCUGUGCUGGGGAACACCGGUGGGUUGCCAUACUGUUCCUCCGUCCCCCAUCACUCUGUUGUGCUCUGAUUCAUUAGAAUGCUUUUUGCUAGACUUUUAUUCUCUCUUGUUCUUUUCAGAUCCGAAAACAGGAUCGUUGUACAUCAGAAACAUAUCCCAGUUUGAGUUUGGAGAGUACCAGUGCAGUGCCUCUAACAUUGUGGGAUCUGCCACUUGCACUGUGGAGCUCAACCAUGGUAUGGGUAACAUAUAUGAUGUUGUUUUGAUUGAAUGUGGCUAUGUAAUCUGCACACUGCUAUAGACACACUGCUGUAACUAAUCUUACCAAUAACCCGCCUAUUUAACAGAGCUAGGUGACGGGGCCAUUGCUGGUGCAGUCAUUGGAGCACUUCUUGGAGCUGUCCUAAUCAUUCUUAUCGUCUUGUACAUGACACACUCCAUGAAGAAGCAGAAAUACAAGGAUACCAAGGAAACAGAGAUGCAGUGAGUGGUUAUGAUUUGUGCUGCACUAUGAAGUCAUUGACAUUAAUACAAUUUAAUUGUGAGGUGCUGUGUUUCACCUACAGUUCCUCUCCCCCUCCAGGGCCAAACCUAAGAGUUCGGCCACGGUGGCGUAUGAAGGCGUCCCUACCAUGGGGAGUGGCCACCAGGCCUCUGUGACCUCCGGAGGGGUUCCCAUGGCAACACACAGCCACAUCUAUGCUGACGCUGAUGGAGAGGAGGCCGAGGCUUAGGAGAGGCCUGACACACACGUCUGGGGUGACAUCACUGUCUGGGAUGAUAUCACUGUCUGGGGUGAUAUCACUGCUCUGAAAAACAAUGCUCCACUGGAGGUUACCAAUGCCCGUGUGACAUGUUUGGAGAGAGUAUCCAUAGCAUUUUUACUUUUGUUUCUGAGUUUGUGUUUUUGUAUAGUGUGUGUUUUAUUGACAAUUUAAAUAAUGCUUCAUAUUUGUUUUGUCAUUUAAGAAACGUAAAGUUAUUGUAUUCCGAAUAUCUUUAUUUCACGCGCAAAAAAAUAUGAAUCACUCUACAGCCUGAUUAAUUCUAAUAUGUGGUAAUCCAUCCAUUCCCUGACUAGAUAUCAUGAUCUAAUGCCAAUUGCAUAUUCAUUGUGACAUUCUAACCAAUGAUGACUCAUCCAUGUUUUCUGGAAAAAAUAAAGAAACAUUUAAUUUUGCAUAAA